AUGCGGCCGGUGCAAUUUGCAGAUGUGAGCGAGUCUUCGGGCGUCCCUCUCAGCCGGCACCUAAGUCUCAUCGGGUAUCUUUUUACUGUGUUCGUCAAAGACGAAAAUACAAAUCAAAUCCUACGCGGUGGCCCUAACAUCUGCACGGCAGACGCGAAUGAGGGAGAGCCCGUCCACGGCCGUACAGGCACAGACAAGCACUGCACGCCUCUUGAUCCUCGUUUGGAGGGGCGGAAUCCUCUAAAAGCGCCCGUACCCAACGUUUAUCACAUUCAGGAAUUUAAUGUAGAGAAUGAUACUGCAAACAAAAAAAUAUUGACUCUCAGAAACGUCUGA